AUGGCCCCACCUUUCUUCAACGACAUCUUCAAGGAUAUCAACGGUUUGUUGAACCGUGAUUUCUACCACGGCACUCCAGCUGCCGUGGACGUCAAGACCACUGCUCCAAACGGCGUGGGUUUCAACGUCAAAGGUAAGAGCUCGCCAAAGGACGGCUCGAUCGCCGCUAAUGUCGAGGCCAAGGUCUCCGACAAAGCCACCGGUUUGACUUUGACGCAAGGCUGGUCGUCCUCCAACGCUCUCGAUACCAAGAUCGAGCUCGCAGAGUUGACCCCAGGUCUCAAGUCGGAAUUGGUCACCUCGUUCGUGCCAAACGCGUCUAAGGCCGCCAAACUCAACCUCAGCUUCGUGCAGCCCUUCUUCACCGCCAGAGGUGCCUUCGACUUGCUCAAGGGUCCUUCUUUCGUUGGUGACCUAACCCUAGCCCACGAGGGCUUCGUCGGUGGUGCCGAGGUCGGCUACGAUAUCGCUGCCGCGGCCGUUUCCCGUUACGCCGUCGCCCUGGGCUACUCUGCCGGUGCCUACUCUGUGGCUUUGUCCAUCAACAACGCCCAGCUAACCACUGCUUCGUUCUUCCAGAAAGUCAGCCCAUUGCUCGAGGUCGGUGCCAAGGCCGUUAUGAACCCACAAGCCGGCUCCAACGUCAACAUCGAGUUCGCUUCCAAGUACACUUUGGACCCAACUUCUCAGGUUAAGGCCAAGGUCGCCGACUCCGGUAUCGUGGCUCUAGCCUACAAGCAAGCCUUGAGACCUGGUGUCGACCUCGGUGUCGGUGCCUCGUUCGACGCUCUAAAGUUGUCCGAACCUGUGCACAAGCUGGGCUGGUCCUUGUCGUUCGCUGCUUAA